GUUCUAAUCACGAAGAACAGUUCUGUCAAGUAUUUCCCACACCUACUGCAAGAUAUAAAAGUUGAAGGCCUCUGGAGUUUUCCUGCAUUCUUACUUUCUGCAGCCUCUUGCUUUUAAUCUGAAGGAAAAAUGAACGGAUUUGCUGCAAUUCUCAUUUUGCUGGGAGUCUUUUGGACUCAAACUUCUGCAUUGCAAACUUUUGUCCUGCACGAACCUGACAAUGAUUAUGUCACUGCAACUAUGACUAUCAGCAAUGAGAAGAACGUUGCUGACGUCCAUGUCCGUUCUGGCAUGUACUCCUCUGACACUAUUUUUGACUACAGUCAUGGAUAUGUUGCAACAAGGCUGUUUUCACGAAAUGCUUGCUUUAUUUUGAAAAUAUCUGAGGCUUCCAUCCCAGAGCUGCAAGAAAUUGGACGCCUGGCUUUUGAGAAAAAGACUAUGAAGAAAGUGUAUUCUCCACGAAACGUGUGGGUACAGUUUCAAUCCAGCAAUUCCCUGUUUGCAAAUAUCAAGGAUUGGUUUCUCUAUGGUAAACCCAUUGAACAACUCUGCAAGGGUCUGCCUCUCUACAAGCUUGUGAAGACUGAACAACCACUACUGAAUUCUCAUAGCUGUGCCAGCGCAGGAAUUCCAACCAUUCUGGGCAUUAAUAUCUGUGAAAAACUCCAAAAAUCCUAAUUUUUACGGUUCUGCUUUAUGGAAAUGUCUCAUUUCUCUGUGUGCUUUUGUGAUAGAAAACAUUCUUAAACUGGAAAAAAACAUACUCAUCUUACCUGUCCUAAGCUUUGAAGACAAAAAAUGUAUGCUCUACAAAUAAAGAUAAUGUAGUAAUUCAAA